AUGGACAGAUGGCCCGUCAAGCGAGACGGCAAGGACGGGCGGUUAGCAAGUCAUCAGUUUUCAGAACUAUGUAAAGAACCAGAGCCAAAAACAAGGAAGUUCUAUGGCGAUGAUGGUUGCUUGUUUGAUGUCGAUAUUUCUAUGGCUGACGGUCGAUGGCGUCCUGGCGGCGCGGCGACGGCAAGGUUCAAGGCUUCAAAUGCCACCACCACCACAGGCGAUGUGUGUAUUAUUAUGAGUCCCUGCUACUCCUUCGGGAGGAAGGUGCUCGGUUUCGCAACCCCCCAACCCUUUUUGUUUUCCUCCAUUGUCCCUAUCUCUGAAGGGCACUGCAAUGAGGGUAACAAUUGAUGGCACUUGUCGUCUCUCUCUUUUUCACUCCAUGUAUAUUCAUCCUUUACUUCGUUCUCCUUUUGAGAAUUUUUCUUUCCUUUCCCUUCCCACAUUCCCGCCCCUCUCUCCCUCCCUCUCUCUCUUCCCCCAAUCUCCAAACCCCAUGGAAACCUCCGGCGCGCCGCUCGCACCUUCCCAGGUCCCCCACCUCCCGACCUCCGCCCUUCCUAUCUCCGCCGGCCCUAAGUCCCGGUCAUCGGUGGCCGGGGUUAGGGAUGGGGAGGCAAGGGGGGUUCUCGGAUUUUUUUUUUGGUGAGGGAGGGGAAAGCCGAAGGCUGGAUCACUAGUGUAAUCGGCAAAAGAACCG